CUCUUAUCUAACUUAAAUCACAUACCACCAAAUUACUAACUCAUCUUAAAUCCCAAAAAAAAAAACCAUCCCACAAAACAUGGCAAAACCUGCUCUUCUUCUGCUAAUUCUCUCCGUAGUACUUUACAUUUCAAGCACAGAAACUUCUGCUGCUGCUGUUGCUUCUUCAAAUUUCAUUAAAUCCUCAUGCAAAACCACCACUUACCCUGCACUCUGCAUCCAAUCUUUAUCAGCCUUCGCCACUUCAAUCCAACAAAACCCUCUUCAACUCACACAAACCGCCUUGUCCGUAAGCAUAGCCAGUGCCCAGUCCACCAAAACCUUUGUCUACAAGCUGACAAAGUUUAAGGGACUUAAGCCUAGAGAAAUAGCUGCCCUUAAAGACUGCUCUGAAGAGAUUGAUGACACUGUUGAUAGGCUAGGUAAGUCUCUUAAGGAGCUCAAGAGCUUGGGUCAUGCCAAGGGUAAGGACUUUCAGUGGCAUAUGAGUAACAUUGAGACUUGGGUUAGUGCUGCUUUGACUGAUGAGAACACUUGUACUGAUGGGUUUGGUGGUAAGGCUUUGAAUGGGAAAAUGAAGUCUUCUAUUAGAGGUAGGAUUGUUAAUGUUGCCCAUGUUACUAGUAAUGCUCUUUCUUUGAUUAAUAAGUAUGCCAUUAAGCAUUAGUGGCUGAGAAAAAUUAUGAUUAUAGAUAAAUAUAUACUAUAGUUGUGAGUUUUGUUUCAAGGAGUUUCAUGAAAAUCCAUCUUGAUUAUGAUGGAUCUAGCUAUGUAAUGGUGGAGACUAGAUCUAGCUUGUUUUGAGAUGUCUACCUAAGAUUGUGAAAGUUUUUGAGUUAUGUAUAAUAUGAAACAAAUUUGCGUUUCCUUUAA